AGUCAAAAAUUUUAUUUGUUUUUGUUUACAUUUUUAUUCAAUCUGUUUUUAUUUUUUAUAUAUAUUUUUUAAAUUAAAUCUUGUGGCCUGUGCUGCUUUUUAUUGGAUUAUUGUUAUUAUGGAAAAGGAGGAUGAAUUCCUCUUUAAUUAUUUUACCUUAAUCGCCCAGUUGUGUUUCGAGAAAGCAAAAGACAAUGUGGAAAAGGAUAAACCCCCAAAAAGUCCAGCGACACCAUGGACUACAUUCCUCAACGUCCUGCAACAACUUGCCACAGCAGAAAAAAACUAUAUGGAUAUGGGAUUUUUGCAGAAUAGACAGAAAAGUUUCCUAAGAAAAGAUAAUUCAUUAAGGGCCGUGUAUGAAUACAUGAAAAACGACUUGAGAAAGAUAGAAGAUAGCUGCAAAAAUUCCAAUCCAAGAUUACAAAACUAUUGCCAGAACAUUAUGCAACUUUUAAAUGCUCGAGUGAGCCUAAUGGAUUUGUAUGAAAAAAUCUACAACGUUACAAUGACGAACAAACUAAUGAACUAUAUGGACAUGCUAAACAUUAUUGAAAACAUUAUUCAAACUCACUAUCUCGGGUUCACCGAUAUCACCCUCACACCUAUGAAAGCCGUUUUUAGCUUAGAAUGUGAGGUUCUUCAGCAAAUGUUCAAAGCCAUGUUUGAGUUACAAAAUUUACAAUUUUUACCUAGUUUAGCCUCAAUACAUGGGGCGCAUGCGAGGUUAAAUGCUUGGGAAAGUAAAAUGCAAAGAGAAAUAUGGAGAUUGGGUAUUUUCAAGAACAGCCCUUUGCCAGCUUUAUUUCAAUGGCUUCAAAAAUUGAAAGGAGGCAUCUUAAGUAAAUUCAGUUUAUAUUUUCAUGAUGUAUUGGCCAAUCAAACUCCGUCCCAUGAUAUGAAGCACAUUUGCUCCAAGUUGCAGUGUGAUUUUUACCAAAAGAUGGUGAAUUUCCAAAAAAAAUAUGAAGCAGCUUGCAUAGUUUUGCUCUCGGAUGGUCGUCUAAGCUGUGAGGCCGCCAAUUAUGAAAAUUUUCCCGUUAUCGUUUCGUAUCCUUUAAAAAAUCCCCCUCAGGUGGACAUGAUGUUAAAACUAAUAUCCGAGACUAGUGAGUUUUCAAGCUUAAAGCCAGUCACAAAGUUUAGAUUUGAGGAUCAUUGCACUUAUUGCCUAACACUGGUCGAACCGAACAUUUAUUUCGUGGUCUUGUUCCAGUCGAAGAAAACGGAAAAGGACACGUGGAUCGGCACUUUCGUUAACGAUUUUUGUACCAGUUUACGAUUUACUAAAAUAUUUGUUAGUCUUAAAAACCACGUAAAAUAGUUUAAUAUAUAUAUUAUACAAAUAGAAUUAAUAA